GUGAAUUGUAACGGGACAACAUGGCGACGCAGACUGCUCGCUACUACAGCGAAGGCGGCAGAGCGACAAAACGCCAAAAAACCGAUAGCGACGGGUCAAUGGCCACCGAAGGAUAUGAUGACCCUCAUAAGACGCAACCCUCCCUUGUGGUGCAUGUCAGAGGGUUAGUGGAUGGGGUUUUGGAGGCAGACAUUGUUGAAGCCCUUCAAGAGUUUGGAACCAUCAGUUAUGUCGUACUUAUGCCUAAGAAACGUCAAGCACUGGUUGAAUAUGAGGAUAUGAGUGGGUCUUGCAAUGCUGUUACUUAUACCAACGAUAACCAGAUCUACAUUGCCGGACAUCCUGCAUUCGUAAACUACUCUACCAGUCAGAAAAUUUCCAGGCCGGGCGACCCCGAUGACUCCCGCAGUGUUAACAAUGUUUUGCUAUUAACAAUCAUGAACCCCAUUUAUCCUGUUACCACGGAUGUUCUUUAUACUAUUUGCAACAACUGUGGUCCUGUUCAAAGAAUUGUCAUCUUCAGGAAGAAUGGUGUGCAGGCCAUGGUGGAAUUUGACUCCGUUCAGAGUGCCCAAAGGGCCAAGGCUUCGCUCAAUGGUGCCGAUAUAUACUCUGGCUGCUGCACUCUAAAGAUAGAGUAUGCUAAGCCAACACGCCUCAAUGUGUUCAAGAAUGACCAGGAUACAUGGGACUACACCAAUCCAAACCUGGGCAGCCAAGGUGCAGAUGCUGAUGGCAAUGGGGGCAAUCAAGAUAUGAACGCCAACCCCAACAAGCGCCAGAGGCAGCCGGCUCUGCUGGGAGACCACCCUCCAGAGUAUGGUGGUUUUCACGGAUACCAAGAUGAGAGCUACGGUGGACCCUAUGAAGGGCGGCGAAUGGGGCCACCAAUGGGUGCUCCGAGGCGUGGUGGAACCAGUCAGCGAUAUGGAGGACAGUACGGCCCGCCGCCUCCACCUCCGGGUGAAUACGGUGCACAUGCAGACUCGCCGGUGGUCAUGGUCUACGGCCUGGAUCCCUUGAAAAUAAAUGCAGACCGGGUCUUCAACAUCGUCUGCCUGUAUGGCAAUGUGGAACGGGUGAAAUUUAUGAAGAGCAAGCCUGGAGCUGCCAUGGUGGAGAUGGGAGACUGCUAUGCUGUCGAUAGGGCCAUCUCACAUCUCAACAAUAACUUCCUGUUCAAUCAGAAGCUUAAUGUGUGUGUUUCUAAGCAGCAGGCAAUAAUGCCAGGCCAGUCCUACGAGUUGGACGAUGGGACCAGCAGCUUCAAAGACUUCCACGGCAGCAGGAAUAACCGCUUUACUUCUCCAGAGCAGGCAGCAAAGAACCGCAUUCAGCACCCCAGCAACGUCCUCCACUUUUUCAACGCAGCACCUGAGGCUUCACCAGACGUCUUCACCAGGAUAUGUGAAGAGCUUGGCGUGAAAAGCCCUUCCAAUGUCAAACUUUUUGCAGCAAAAGGUUCCUCGUCAGAGAGGAGUUCGUCGGGCCUUAUGGAAUGGGAGUCUGUUAAUGAUGCAAUGGAAGCCCUCGCCAUGAUGAACCAUUACCAGAUGAAGAACCCCAGUAAGUGGCCUCCUCCCCAUCAUUUACAUUCAGAGGCAGAUGGCCCAUAUCCGUACACACUAAAGCUGUGCUUCUCUACUGCACAGCAUGCAAACUGAGCAGCAUCUUUCAUCAUGUCCCAGUAUCAUCGUUGACCCUUCACUUUCCUGCUGUGUUUAUUGUCCUUAAUGGCUCAUUUGUUUGAACACAAACUGAGAGUGUAAAUGACUUAACUGUCAUCAUAUUGUUUUUAAUGGAUGAGAAGAGUUAAAAGGCUUUUGUACCAGUAUUUUUGUUACCCUUUUUCUUUUUUUUUAUUGCUUCCCAUUAUUGACUAUUAGCUCUGUGCUCAGCACCUCACUUUUAGAAAACGUUAACCAGUAAAGUUUUUUGUCAAAUAAAAUUAGUGACAUUGGGUCUUUGUUGUGAUUGCUUGUGCAAUAGAACAAUUGUGACUCGGUUCACAAUUCGACUCUAAUUGUUUUACAGGGCUUUUUUCAAAAGCUAAUAGAUGUUACUGCUCAGCAUAUAUUUACAAUCUGGAAAAUAAAAUGUAAUCAUUUUAAUAAAGGAAUAAUGUGCUUAC